UCUCUCUUACCAAACACCCCCCAACCAGCCAUGGGCAGAUCUCCCUGCUGCGAAAAACAACACACUAACAAAGGCGCUUGGACCAAAGAAGAAGACCAACGCCUCAUCAACUACAUCACCCUCCACGGCCAAGGCUCCUGGCGAUCCCUUCCCAAAGCUGCCGGUUUGCUGAGAUGUGGGAAAAGUUGCAGACUCAGAUGGAUUAAUUAUCUGAGACCUGAUCUCAAGAGAGGCAAUUUUACCCAAGAGGAGGAUGACCUUAUCAUUAAUCUUCACAGCUUACUCGGCAACAAGUGGUCUCUCAUAGCAGCUAGGUUACCGGGUCGAACCGAUAACGAGAUCAAGAACUACUGGAACACCCACAUCAAGCGCAAGCUCUACAGCCUGGGAAUAGACCCUCAAACUCACCGUCCACUUACGGCCACCACCACAGCAACCGUCGCCGCCGCCACAGCACCGAGAGCUACCACCCCGGCGAUCAGCGGUAACAAGAGAAGUAGCUGCAGCAGCCAAAACAACCCUAAAGUUAAGCUAGUCUCAUCAGGAGAAGAUUCAACUAGCAAUAGCAGCAGUGGGAUUACCACAGACGAAUCAGCAAGUUCUGAUAAUCAUCAUCAUCAUCAUCAUGAUCAUGAACUCAACUUGGAGCUCUCCAUAGCUCUUCCUUCUUCCUCUAACAACAACAAAACCCUCGUCGUUCGCCCCUCCUCCGUCUCGGACAGCUUAAAACGACAACGACGUGAUGAAGUGUGUCUGUGUUACAUAGGGUUUCAGAGCAUUGGUGGUAAUAAUCAAGCGUGUAGGUGCAAAGCCUUGAUGAUGGAUGCUUGUUCAGUAAUUACUACUGCACCUACUUCUUCUACCGAUGCUGCUACUUCAUCAGACAAUAACGUUUACAGAUUUUUCACUCCCUUGAAUUCUUAGACACUGCUAGCUAGUCUAAGUAUAUAUAGCAGAAAAUUCCCAAAGCUAAUGAUAAUUACUUACUGUAAUGUUUUAGUUAUGUUUUGUUAGAAACAUGCAACUACAUAAUGGAAAUAGCCUUAUCAUGCACUCACUUAUCUCCUAA